CACUUCCGCCACGUGAAAAGCGCAGGCGCCGCAUGACGGCUAGUUCGCGUGUCGGGUGCCAGCAAGGCUUAGCGGAACUGGCCGCCACCUGAGGCUGUUUCUAAGGCGGUGGCGCCUUUGGGGACAGUCAGGCUCCGAAUACCUGCCUCGCUUAUAAAAAGUACGGCUGCGAGAGCGUUUUGGAGCCGCCAAGCUGGAGCUGGAACUGGAGUUCCGUGAGGCCGGGGCCCCGGCUGCUGGGCAGCGGCUCCUCCUGGACGCGGCUCCGGCGGAGACCCAGCCGCAGGCGGCGUCCGGCCCCCGGCGGAGCGCCCGGGCCGAGAGCGCGCUGCGCUGGUUCACCACCGCGGUGCUGUGCGCCGCCUUCCUGGGGCUGGUAAGCGGCGGGCGGCGCCGGCGGGGGACGUGACCCUCCGGGGGGUCGCUCCUUCCCCUGCACGUUGAGCGACCUGCGGGUUUCAUUAAUCCGUCUGGAUCUGUUUCAUUUCUGGAAGCCGGGCACACUUGUACCGUGGAGGAUGAUCAUCACGUGUGAAGCUGAUUUCCCUAAUUUUAGCGUCUUCCAAAGGCAGCAAACCUGUCUGUCUCCCGGGUGCGCUGGGAGGGAAGCACGAGAGGGAUUGCCCAGGACUUGCACGGUUCCCUCUGCACCCACGAAUUCAAGCGCCGGACUGCUGCACUGAAAACUGCUGUUGGGGAUUUCUUCUUGGCCGGCUCACCAAAUUUAACCAUUUGCCUAGUUUACAAAUAGAGAAAUAGGCCUAGAGAGGACGUUCACUUUUCCAGCUCACACAGUUGGUUAAAUUGGAACAUCUCUUACUCUGCAUAGUUCUAUUUAAAAAUAAAUCCAGGCUCCAGAACCUUAAGUGCUUUCAGCAAAGUUUAAGGCUACUAGCGCCUUUACCCAAACGCCUUUUGUUAAACUUGGUGAUUUUCGCUUCUGCAGAGUUGGGAGAGUCAGUCCGUUGGGGGAAAUCAUUCUGUUCUUUGAGCGUUCAGAUCCAAGCCACAGUUGUUUCUUAGACUUUUGAUGGAAAGGAUGAGAAAGAUAUCAUUGCGGCGGCUUGGCGUGAAUAAUUUUAGAGCCAGUAGGCAGGCUUUUUCCUUUGGACCUGAACCUUUUUUGUGGGUUUCUGUGGGUUCUUAGUCUAGCUGCUCCUGCUUGGACCAAGGAUACAUUUGGAACGGAACAGUGCAGUCAGUCAGUUUUUGUUGAAAUAUAAAUGAAUUAAGAUUUUAAAAAGUUCUAAGAAUGUCUGAAAAUGAUCGAACUACCUAAGACAUCAUUUUAGGGAAUGAGUAUUGCUAUACUGGGACCCACGUUUCAAGAUUUGGCAACGAACGUAAACCGAAAUGUCAGCAGUCUUUCUCUAAUUUUUGUGGGCCGGGCGUCUGGAUAUUUGUGUGGCUCUAUGAUUGGUGGUGUUCUUUUUGACUGUAUGAAUUAUUUUAUAGUUUUGGGGGUGUCACUGUUGGGUACAACAGUUGGUCUUUAUCUCACUCCUUUUUGCAAAAAAGCAGUGUUACUGAUUGUCAUGAUGUCUGGCUUCGGCACUGCAAUGGGCCUACUGGACACAGGUGGGAACAUCCUUAUCUUGACUGUAUGGGGGGACAAAGGAGCCCCACAUAUGCAGGCCUUACACUUCAGUUUUGCCUUGGGUGCCUUUUUGACUCCUAUUCUGGCAAAACUGGCCUUGGGGACAACAGCGUCACCUGAAAACCACACAGAGCCUGACCCUCACCCUCCAGCCCUCAACCGAUCUCCUGAAGCCGACCCAGGCCUUCUGUUUGCAGCGCCUGAUGACUUGAACUUACUGUGGGCUUAUGCUGCUAUCGGCACUUACACCUUUGUAGUUUCUGUCUUCCUGUUUGCUCUGUUUUUCAUGAAAAGCUGGAAGCAUGAAAAAUCAACAGCGUCUGCUCAGGAAUCUCGAAGAGCUAAAUAUCACAGAGCCCUGCUCUGCCUCCUUUUCCUCUUCUUCUUUUUUUACGUUGGAGCUGAGGUAACCUAUGGCUCUUAUGUUUUCUCAUUUGCAACCACCCACGUUGGCAUGGAGGAGAGCAAGGCGGCUGGCUUGAACUCCGCCUUCUGGGGGGCCUUUGCAGCCUGCAGGGGUCUGGCAAUCUUGUUUGCCACAUGUUUACAGCCUGGAACCAUGAUUGUGGUGAGCAACACUGGCAGCCUGGUGUCAUCUUUAUUCCUGGUGCUUUUUGACAAGAACCCACUCUGUCUGUGGAUAGCGAGCUCAGUGUAUGGGGCCUCGAUGGCCGCCACCUUUCCCAGCGGUAUUUCUUGGAUUGAGCAGUACACGAGCAUAAGCGGGAAGUCUGCGGCAUUGUUUGUAAUUGGUGCUGCCCUUGGAGAAAUGGCUAUUCCUGCAGUAAUUGGAAUUCUUCAAGGAGAAUUCCCAGGUUUGCCGGUAGUUCUGUACACGUGUUUGGGGUCAGCAGUGUUCACUGCUGCAUUAUUCCCUGUGAUGUAUAAGUUAGCCACCUUGCCUCUGGAUCGCCAGCAGAGAGCACACAGAAGGAGUGAGGACCAGAAAGCUUUGCUGAAGGACUUUGAAGAUGAUAAUGAAGGAGGUGAUGCAGAAAAAUGGAAUGAGAUGGAUUUUGAAGUUGUUGAUAUGAAUGUUACAGCGAGGCCUUCUGUCAUACAGACAUCUAGAAAUACUUUGAUGAAGCCCAGAUCUGAUGAAUCUGACAGUUACACUUAACUGCAAUGAUGUUUGAGUGUUCUCCACCGUUUAGCUAUUUGGUGAUUCCCUUGUGGAACACUUGUGGAACAGGAGAAAGUGGACUAGCAUUGGAGGAGGUGGAUUACUUUAACCUUUUUGAGUAAUUGCAAUUUCUAAUGAGUUCAUUUGGAACAGAGCCUUAAAAGAUUUUCUGCAUGCCUAUCUAACAAAUGCUAAAAGUUUUGAAUACCAGUUGGUGUUAUAAGGUAGAAUUUGUUAUGAGACUGUUGUUGGACAUCAGGUUGGUUAGGUAAUAGUUUACGGAUUCCACCUAUUAGAGCAUACAAAGAAACCUUUUUUUUUGAGUAGUUUAGUGUAGUUUUAUUUGAGCAAAACUAUGCAGAAAUGAUUUGCCAAGGGAAUGAUGGGCACCUGUACUCUACUGGGAAGUUGGGGUGAGUCGUUUCAUGACAGAGCAUCCUUGAAAUUAGAUGUUUUUAUCAAUGGCUUUAUCUUUUCUGCAUAGCUGACCAAAGAAUGCUAAUGACUCAUUUCAGCUUAUAUUUCUAUGAAGAGAACAUAAAGCAGGGCCCAUGGGAUCUGGCUGCAACAGAUGACCACCUUUGGGUCUGUAUUGCAUCACUAACGUACAUCUCAUUUUUCUCAACUUGUGAUCUUUGAUUCUGGAAGUAAAAAUGAGAUGAGUUCCAAAUUGAGAAACUUAGUGGGUUUUAAGUUUACAAGAUGUUUUCUAGAACAGCCCAUCCUUCAUUUUAAAUGAUGUGUGUAACAAGAAUGGUAAAUAGCUCCAUUACUGUGCUAUUGAUUAUGAAUUCAUGACAGUUUAAUAUUUACAUUUAUAUUUAGUGUUUUCUUUGAAUACGUAUUUAAAGAAGGCUGCUGUAAGUGCUGCAUUUUAUUGCUCCUGAGACACCUUUUUCCCCUACUUUUUUUAAAUUUGUCUGAAAUGGGAUAUGUUUAGGAAUCAGUUACCUUCUAACAUAUAUCAAUUCUAAGUGAUAGGUCUUUCCAUUUAUAUGAAAGGUUGUGUUUUACAAUGAGUGUUUUAUUUUCAGUAAAAUGCAGUAAUUCAUUCAUUUAUGGAGAUUAUACUAUUUUUGCAGACAUUUGUAAAAAUAAAAUUAUUUUUAUAGUUUUCUCUAGUUACAUUUAGUGGGGCUUUGGAGAACACUGUUUUGAUGUCGGGAGCUGCUUCAGAGUUACUGAAUUAGCAGUGGGGCUUGCAUGGAUCCUUUGAGGCCUGUGCCUUACCUCAGGAGCCUCUGCAGGUCUGACCGGCCCUUGCUAUUUCAGGACUCAGUCCUCGGCGUGUUUUGAGUGUUAAAUCACAGAAUCACUACUGCAAAACAGGUGCAAAUUUGUAGUGAGUCAUUGUCGUCUUCAAGGAUUGGCUUUGUUUGUCACCCUUCAAACUUCUUCCUGAGUUUGAAAUAUCUAGGAGGCCAAACUAAAGAUAAGAAAGUGCUUUGGUGGCCUGUGUGUCAGGGAUGGGAAAGUGGGUACUUCAUGCAGGUAUGCAAAACUAGUGUGGCUGUCCUUUGAUCAGUCACUGGAAUCGAUGACAGGUUUUGUUUACUUUUUCCCAUGUUUUAUGCUGAAUGAUAAUCAAAUUCUCUGAUUGCUGCAUCUUCGCUUGACUUUUUUUCUUGCUUUCUUUUAACUAAUUUCCAUUAAUUCACUCUCAAAAACUUAUUGGGUUUGUCUGACAUGUUCUCAUUCAGCUUAUAUGCCCGCCUCAGCACUGGUUCAUGUUAAUGCACUUGGAGAGGGCUGGUAGAAAGACAGAGUGAGAAGCUCUCUUUUCUUUCUUUUACUUUUUUUAACCAUACUUAGUUUGAGCUUAGAAAAUACCUCUGCUUAGUGUACUGCUUUUCCUCAAGUUGUUGGAUUUCAAGCAGUAGUAGUAGUUUGGCUUUGUGGAGGCUUGUUACAAGAGGAAUUCUGUGAGCACCUACUUUCAAAGGGUAGAAGAUGGAGUUGAGGGAGAGAAGCAUGGUGAGAAGGAUGUGGCACAAAAUCUGGAAAUCCAUAUUGGAAAAUUUACUGAGAUUCUACAGUCCAAAAUAUGAAUGGCUCCAUGGAGCAUGCAUUGUUAUUUGAAAAUGUAUUUCCAUAUUGGAAGGAAAUAAUAGGAUGAUUCCAGCGAGCACUCAUCUGAAUGGUCAGUUCUUAGGUAAGUGUCUGUCGGUCACCGAUACCCAUGUUCUCCUUUUUUGAGUAACAAAUGACCACAGAUGCAGUAGCUUAAAAGAGCAUACGUGGAUUAUUUCACAUUUCUGUGGGCCGGGAAUGUGGGCAUGACUUAGCUGAGGCUUCUCUCUGGGUGUCACAGACCUGCAGUCACCUGCAGCCAAGCAGAGUUGUGUUCUUUCCUGGGGCUUGGCAGUCUCCUCCAGGGAUACAUGCUUGUUGGCUGGAUUUACUUCCUUGCUGUUGGGCCACCGUAGGUCCCUGUUCUCUGGUCACCACUCUCAGCUGGCUGCCUCCCAGAGUUUCUUGCCUUGUGAAUCUCUUAUAGAGCCUUUGGCAGCGUGACAGCCUGGUGAAAGGGGCAGGAUAAUCUCUUGCCCCAGAGAGAAAAAUCUGCUAAUCUGGAGUUGUGUAUCACAGAAGUCACUGUGAGAAUGACAGCUUUGACUUAAAGCCAAUUAUAUAUUCUGGCCACACUUCAGGGCAGAGGCUAGAACAGGAUGUGACUAAGUUGGGCUCAGCAGAGGAGUAUCUGCCAUUCUGGGGUAUCUGCGAAAUCCAGUUCUCCCAGCCAAGUACUCACCAGGCCUGACCCUGCUUAGCUUCGAAGAUCAGAUGAGAUCCGAUGGCACUAAAAUCCUGUUCUCAAAGUGGCUGAAGACUGUGAACUUGGGGGAAGCAGCUGUGCUGAGAGGCUAUGGGUACAGCCCAUUGAAUGGACGCCUGUGGGAUUGGAAUGUUCCCUGCAGUGCAGGUGAGUAAAGCCGCUGGGAGAAUCAUUCUUUUUGCUUACUUUAUGUUCAGAAUUAGGGCUUUUCCCAUUAAAAUUGUAUUUUUUGUCUUUUACCAUUGUAGUUUUAACCUCUUCAGAUGUAGCUAAAAAAGGACAAAGUUAAUUGAAAAAAUACUGUUUUCAGGACUUUUCUCAAUUACUCCACUAUUUUUUAAACAAAACAAUUUUUUGUAACAAUUUUUAUGAUGGUCCUAUAUCUAACGUUGUAGUAGAAAUUUAAGCAGAUAAACAGAAACAUAAUAAUAAUGCAUAAUCCUAAGCACCUUUUAAACUUUUAAUCAAACCUACAUUUGUAACUAUGGCCUAAAGGGGGUAAAAAUUUUCCCAACCAGGAACUGCAUCAGAAAUAACAAAUUUUGUAGGUAAAAGACAUUGACAGUAGUACAGUUAUUAGACUGGUUAUUUAUUUUGUUUUUGAAGAGUUGUAGUUUGCUUUAAAAAAAAUUAAUGGGCUGGUGAUGUAGCUUAGAGAUAGAGUAUAUGAGAGGCCCUGGGUUCCAUCCCCAGCACUGCGAAAGAAAAUAAAAACAGCACAAUGAGAAGUGUUGAGACACACUUCUGAAAAAAGCGAACCCCAGCUUAUACUGAAAAUGAUUUUGUUUCUCAGAUUCAUUGGAUAGAAUUUUUCUUGUGCUCACAUUGUGUACCAUAGCGGUGUAUCACUUAAUCCUAUUGCUUAAAUGUAUUAUUCAGAUGCACUCUUGGGGUUCCCUGUAUCUGUUAAGUGUCACUUUUAUUUAUUUAUUUUUUUUUGGAACCAGAGAUUGAAUUCACAACCUCACAUUUGCCAGGCAGGUGCUUACGCUGCUGAGCUAAAUCCCUGGCCAAGUGUCACUUUUCAUAGUGAUGUGUGUAUUAUAUUUGUGAAACCAUGGAUAUUAGGUGUGUUUAGUAUUUUUUUGUAUUACAAAGAUGGGUCAGGAAGGUGUCCUGAGAUUGAAACUUGUCUACACACUUCCUUUUUCUUUUAGGGCAUGAGUGCUGGGGCUGGACCUCAGGGCCUGGAGCACGCUGGUCAAGCACUGUACCGCUGUGCCGGAGCCCUAGCACUCCUUUUCUUCAUUGGAAAUUUGGAGACUAUUAUAGAUUUACAUGCAGCUGUAGUUUAUAAUCUAGUAGGAUAGAGACCUAGUUUGCUGCUUUUCAUACAUUAAUGUGCAUUAGAAUUGCCUAUUAAAAAAGAGGUGGUGAGGUUAUCGAACAGCAUUUCCAACAAGUUCCUGGCUGACAGGGAGCACGUUUUUUUCCCACAGACCUCACCUGGGGAGGAAAGACUGCACUUAAUUUUACUUUUUGCAAAUUUCGGAGGAAAUUUAGCUUCUUACUCUGCUUGUCUUAGACUGCUUGUCUUAGGACUCCUGUGCACUCUCUCCAUGUGCGUGCCCCAUGUACAGCAUGCCCUGCAUAAACAUGCUGCUGGCCUGUAAACUGGUUUUGUUCGGUUGUCUCCAUGUAAGACAUCGGCCGUACUCAUUUAUCCCAAAGGCCUGUGGGAAUUGCUAGACUGCCACAUGGAAGGUGCCUGUCCUCAUGGAAUUUGCACUGGUGAACGGAAUGUACUGUGCUGAGGGACAUGUUUUGGAUUCAUGCCGACUAGCAGUGCUGCUGGGCACCUUUGCAAUACGGUUAGUGAGAUACCAGUGACUUUGUAAAUAUCUGCAUUGGUUUGUGCCUGCCAUCUUAGACCUCAGAGGCCUCCUGGAAAGACCAGGCAAUGACCAAUCACACAGGGUGUGUUUAUUUUGUAUCCUGCUUUGCUUAAUUUAAUUACCAGUUCUAGGAGUCUUUAGGUGGGGCUUUUGAGUCUUGUAAGUAAAGGAUCAUGUCAUCUGAAAUUAACGCUGUUUUCACUUUGUCCUUUCUUAUUUUGAUCUGUCAUUUCUUCCUCUUGCCUGAUUCUCUGGCUAAUGUUUUGAGGACUGUGCACAGGAUUGGUGAUAAUGAAGAUUGUUGUGUUUUUCCUGGCUUUAGAUGGAAGGUUCUCAGCUUUCCCCCAUGUAGUAGAAUGUUGGCAGUAGGUUAGUUAUCAGUGGCUUUUACUAUUUUGAAAUAAAUCCUAUACAUAUUUCUUUAGGAUUUUAUCAUGCAUGGAUGUUGGAUUUUGUCAAAGGCUUUUUCUGCAUCUAUUGAGAUGAUCAUGUGAUUUUUGACCUUUUGUUAUAUGAUGAGUUAUGCUCGUAUCCCUGGGAUAAAGCCUAGUUGGUCAUGAUGUAUAUACUCUUUUUGAUUAUUUAUCUCAUUCUGUUUGCCAGUCUUGUUAAGGAUUUUUACAUCUAUGUUCAUUAGGGAAAUUGGUCCAUAAUUCUGUUUUUUGGUUGUGUCCUUAUCUGAUUUUGGGAUCAGGAUAAUGUUAGCUUCUGAGAAUGAUUUUGGAAGCACUCCCUCCCGCUGUCUCCUUAAAAAGUUUGGGGACUAUUAGACUUUCCCUGAAGUUUUUACAGAAUUUGGCUGUGAAUCCAUCCUGGGCUUUUCUUAAAUUUUUUUUUAACUACUGUUUCAAUUUUGUUGCCUGUUAUUUGAAUGUUUGGAAAGAAAGAUUUGUGUUAUUUUCUAUUUCUGUUUUUGUAAGAAUCUUUUUUGUUUAUGUUUUGUACUUUGAGUAACUACUGUGAAGUUAAUGGUGUACAUUAUAUUUUUUGUUUUUUCGUAUUAUUUGAUGAUGAAAUUUUGGGUUUUUCUGGUAAAAUUAAAAUCAUACAGCAUAUUUCAAGGGGGGAUCUCCCCUCUGAUGCACUGGAAAUUAGCAAGUAUGUGGGGUAAGACAGGUUGGGUAGAUACCUUCUCAAAUGGCAUGUUAUAAAUUGUUACAGCUGCUAAGGAAGACAUGAUUGAAGUGAGUCAUGAUAGUGGUCUCAGAAUCGAAGGCGUGGGCCUUCUGUGUGUGUGUAAAGGAAGAAAGGCUUUGUAGGUUGGUGACCUUAGUUGUCAAGGGGAGGAGUAAACAUUUUUUUGCUAAAGGCACUUUAGCAAGUUGGCAUUUGCACUAGGUUUGAGUUUUGGCUGGGUGUUUAUGUAGUUAUAAAUAUGUAUUAGUUUUAGUAGAUUUCAAAUGCUGUCACUUUGAGUGUUUACAUCAAGGAGAUUAUUUUCUUCAUUUUCCAGUAUUUGUUCACUUAUGUUAUAUUAUGUCUUUUCCAGUUUAUUUUUAUAGAUCUUUCAGAGUUGACUGGUCUCUGUGUUGACUAUCAAUUCUUAGGUACUUCCUUUUGGUGUAGGUAUUUAUUUUCUGAAUGCUCUCUAAAUUUAUAGCAGCUCUCCUUGGAUGUGUUUGCUGUUGAGCUGCUUAGCGGGUGGCCUGGUUUGGAAGUUGUUAGAUGACAUGAGACGCACCAGGAAUUGAUUGGGUUUUUAGCUUCUGAACAGCUCGCUGAGAGUGCCAGCCUUUGUACAAAGGUUGCCAGUGCCUGUACAAAGGGUGAUGCGUUCAUGACAUACAUUUCCAGUAUUUUAACCUCGCUGAGUGCACAGGUCACUUGCAUUGCUGCUUUCACACCUCCUGCUGCUGUCUCCUCAUACACCCAUAAAGUGCUCCUCAUCUUGCCCAGCCUGGAGCUCUGGGUCUCCAUCUCCCCGCCAGGAGGCCCUGGAAGCCACCACUCUGUUUCCUUCCCGUGACGGAACACCACCACCUCACACAGGUGAAGGCAGACAUGGUUUGUCCUUGUGUUACCAGCUUCUUACACUGAGCGUAACGUCAUCAAGGUCAAGCGUGCUGUGGCAGGGCCGUGUUUGUUUCCGUGUGCAGCCGGUCCUUGAGUGGUUGAGUGGUGUCCCUCACUGCCCGCAUGCCUUCAGCUUGGGCGGCCUUUGGCUUCAUUUCACGUCGUGGUUAUUGCGGGUAACGUUGCUGUGAAUGAGUGCGCAGAUACUUCUUCUCUGUGCUGUUUUUGGUUCUUUGAGGAUAUAGCCUCCUAAGUGGGUAAUUAAAUUUUUAAUCUUUUGCCAUGUUGUUGUCAUUUGGCUUAGGUUUUGUCCUGAUCUGGUUUGUCCAGGAGAAACCUACAGGAAGAGGUUUACAGAAAACAGCUACAGGAAGAGGAUAUACACAUGCUUUUAGACUAUCAUUUCAAACUAUUAGGAGACUUUUGGGCCACUGUAACCAGCUCAUUCCCUUAAUGAGGAGAUGAACCCAAGGAAGGCUUAUGUGAGGCAUCUACCUCAAACUUUUCUCUUCUCUGCUUUCAGUUUUUGUUCUGUUUUGUUGUCGUUGUUUUGUUUUCAAGCAGGGUCUCACUGUGUAUUUUAGGCUGUACUUGAAUUCACUCAUGUAGCCAAGGCUGGCCUUGAACUCACAGCCACCCUCUGGCCUCAGCUUCCUGAGUGAGUCCUGGAGUUAGAGGCGUGCAGCACCAGGCCUGCACUGGGUUCUGUAUUUAAGGAAGUGUUUGAGAUGGUUUUUUUUUUUGUACUCAACAACCAUGAACUAAAUACUAAUGAACAUCCCAUUGGCGAGUACCAAGUGUCAUUAUUGGAGAUCUGACCCCACUUUUCUGCUAAACAGAUGGCCCCGUCUCUUGUACGUCUUCACUUACAAAGCUGGCGAUCAUGCUGACCUUGGAAGCAGAUGAUGUGUGGCCAGCAGCCACGCGCUGGGCUGCUGUCUGCCUUCCUCUCGGUAGCUCUGCCCUCUGCGGGACGCUUGCUCAUUCUCCUCAUGGCCCACCCUGUUUUUUCAAGAUUCCAGAAGAAGCCUGUGUGAUCUGAGUAGAUGAAACUGUCCUUACUGAUCUUGACCUCAGGCAUUGUUGAUUGAACUCUGGGUGGGGUUACCCUGGGUCAGUCUCAGAGCGACCACAUCUAGUGUUGCCCACCCUGCUCUGAAUGCGGGCCCCUUAUCAUGACAGGGAAAUUCUACCAUCUUUUAUGUAUCAGGAAAUUGCUUGCAAAGUUUGCCCAUUUCCAGUAUUUUUGUACGUCUUUGAUGCCAUAACUGAUUGGCAGUUCGGUAAAAAUACUUAGUACAGUGUAUGUAAGGGUCAUGUGGCUAAAACCUGCCUUAGAAGGCACCGUUUUGAGCUCACAGCCCUUUCCCUGAUUGCUUGUAGAAGCCUCUGUCCCUCGGGCACCAAGCACCCUGUUCAGAGGCCUGAUAUCUCUGGGGCCUUCUUACUGAAGAAUGACUCAGACACCAAGCAUGCUGGCAUUUCAGAAAGGAAGUUUUCCCUGGAAGGAUGACAAGAGGAGGCUUGCGUUGCCUAGUGAAAAAACAUUUGAAGGAAAAAAAGGUGCCAGGAUUUCUGAGUUUGUGUUAGUCUCUCCUGGUGGAAAGACAGCAAGUGCUUGGUGUGAUUGUCACAUUUACAGAGGUCACAUACAGCAAAAGCCACGAUCAGAGUUGUGUUUGCUAAGGUGUCUAGGUGUCUGGGUUCCAGUUUUCCUGUUUUUAGGUCACAGUCAGUUAGAUGGUCCUACAGUUAUUUUAACCUCAGGAUGCGAACUCCUUUGUUUUUGCAGCAAGGCAGUGAUGUUUUGGUCUCGCGCCCUCUAGAACCCAAAGCUGCAGGAGGAGAGAAAUGUCCCAGGGAAGGCUGGGCUGGGGAAUGUGUCCUUGUACUCUAUUCAAAUGUUACUUUUUUGCUUUGGUGGUUUUUAACCCCCGGCUGCUGUUAGAAUUGCCUGCUGGUGCUUUAAAUCUACCCACGUUCGCCCCUUUUAAUGGUUUUCUUUGGAGGCUAAAUAUUGAGAAUUUAAAAAUUUGCCCUGAUUUAAGUGAAAUUCUCAGCCACCGUUGAGAACCAGUGCCUCUUUGACAAUUAGAAAACUGGGUUGUCUGGUGACCAGAGGGAUUUUCUUGGGCUCAUUUACAGCUUGGCUAACUCAUGCUGCUUUGUGGACAGUUGACGUUCUUCCUACCUUCUUUGAAGGACCAGUUGAGGGCUAGAGGGCUCCUGUUUCCUGUUCCUCCCAUAGUGUGUGAGAAAGGAUUGAGGUUAGUCAAUACUGUUGUUUGAAGUCCUGAGGGCAAAAAAGAACACACACACACACACACCCCGCCAAUGGGCCCAAACUGCACAGAUUUCUGUAGGUGCCAUUCUCUUAGGUUUUCACUAAUCAGUUUUGCCUCUUGGACUUAGAUCUAUAGAACUGAUCGCAUGGAUUUACUACAUUUGCAUUUAAGAUCUCUGUUUUCAUGGCUUUGUACCAGAGCGCGUUGCUGUAAUGAUGUAAAUAAAUACGGACGUUGUUUUAAGA